AUGGGGAUUGAUUUAUGGAGGUUCAAGUGCGUGCCACCUCUCCUGAUACAAAACCCUCGUGAACUGGAUGUAAAAGAUCUGAGAUUUAAUGAUGGAAACGGGUCACUUGCAACUUUGCCUCUAAUUCAGAAUCGGAUCAUGACCCGAGUUGUUCGUGACCGGAUACUUAAGGACGCUAAUGGCGAUAUCUCCGAUCAUCUCCGCAACCAUAUCCAUUUAACAAAUUGUAUUCAUUUGAAAAACCAUAUGCACAAAAACAGCCCUAUAAUCAGCGACAGGUCCCUAAUUAGGGACCUCGUCGUUCUUCAAAGGUCACGAUCUUUAAAGGAUCCCUCCAUGAGUCCACCCGCUUUUCAGUCUCCUUCCGCCGUUGAUGCUGGUGGUGGUGGUGGAGGAGGAGGACGCCGGUCUACUGGUUUUUCCGGCAACUUUUCUGGCAACUCCUCCUCAAAUAGAAGAAACAAGAAACAAGAAUCAAGCGGGGAUUCUCCACUUGAUGCUGCAAAUUUAGCUCGUGAUAUUUAUCCAGGAAGCUCUGAUAACAUAAGCAAACAAAAAGGGCGUAAAAUCAAACAAGAUGAUCCUUCAAAUGAUGUCCCCAUUCGAUAG